AUGGCGGCCGAACCCCCCCGACCGAAGCUUCUCUGGAACGCAGAAAACAUCAAGGACGUGGCCGAGUCGGUCGGCAUCAGCUCCCUCAACGACGAAGCCGUCAAGGCCCUCAGCCAGGACGUCGAGUACCGCAUCGGCCAGGUCAUCAUCGAGGCCUUGCGCCUGAUGCGCGCCGCCCGCCGCACCACCCUGACCGUCAACGACGUGUCGCUCGCCCUCAAGGUCCUCGACGUCGAGCCCCUGUACGGCUACGAUUCCACGCGCCCGCUGCGCUACGGCGAGGCCAGCCUGGGCCCUGGCCAGCCCUUGUUCUACAUUGAGGACGAGGAGGUGGAUUUCGAAAAGCUCAUCAACGCGCCUCUUCCAAAGGUGCCGCGCGACAUGAGCUUUACAGCGCACUGGCUCGCGAUAGAAGGCGUUCAGCCGUCCAUCCCGCAGAACCCCACGACUGCCGAGUCGAGAUCGCAGGAGAUGCUGCCCAAGGGCCCCGGGGCCAACCCCGCCCUUGCUGCCCUCGCGGGCAACGACAACGUCGCCAUCAAGCCCUCGGUCAAGCACAUUGUCAGCAAGGAGCUCAUCCUGUACUUUGACAAGAUCCAGGCCGCCAUCCUCGACGACAACCCCGACGAGGAGGUCGUCCGCCUGCGCCAAGCCGCCCUGGGCUCGGUGCGCGACGACCCGGGCUUGCACCAGCUCGUGCCCUACUUUAUCAACUUCGUCAUGGACCGGGUCACGCACCACCUCGACGACACCUUCACCCUCAAGCAGAUGAUGGAGCUCACCAACGCCAUCAUCCAGAACAGAAGCCUCUUCCUGGACCCCUACGCCAGCUCGCUCUCCGCGCCCGCCCUGACCUGCCUCAUGGCCAGGAAGCUCGGCACCGACGACGGCAUAGACGCCGUCAGGGAUCAGUACGAGCUGCGCCAGCUCGCCGCCUCGCUCGUCGGCCGCAUCGCGCGCAAGUACGCCUCGUCCAACUCCCUCCUGCGGCCCAAGCUCACGCGCACCUGCCUCAAGUAUUUCCUGGACCCUACCAAACCCCCCGCCGUGCUCUACGGCGCCAUAUACGGUCUUUUGGAGGCCGGCGGCCCGGAAGCCAUCCGCGUGCUCGUGCUGCGCAACCUCCGGACCUUUGACUCGGCCAUUCUGCAGCCCCUCAAGGAAAAGUCGGAAGGCAGCAUCGAGUACGAGAUGCUGGUGCAGGGUCUGGUGCAGGCCGUGGCUUCGCUGGGCCAGCCCGGAGAGCUCAUUGACGCCGGCUCGGCCACGAAUGGCGUCAACGGAGCCGCCUCAGACGGCGAGCUGUCUGAACUGAACGACUUUCUCGGUCCCAUUGUAGGGAGAAGGGUUGCGGCGUCGGCAGAUCGCGCCUUGGUGAGGACGCUUCUCGACGCCCGGUUGCUGGAGUAA